GUAGCAGGUGAUCGCCCUUAUUUGGUAAUGGCCCAGAUCAUGUGACCACAAAAUGGUGGAAGCUGUGAGCUGUUUGUAAGCUGAGCAUCUCCAUCGAGAGGCUGGGAGAAAAGGAAAUAGGCAGGGAACUUGGAAGUAGAUCCAUGCUCUGAAACGGAAAAGGAAAGAGAUUCCCGAGCCCCAGCAUUGGUCCUCCCGGGGAUGGACCUGGCAUCAGAGACUAAAAUGAACUCUGAGGGGGGCGAAGGCAGACCAGUCCCUCCUACCUCUCUACCCCUUCAAGGAGGUUCCACACAAAGAAAAAAGCUAUCUGCCCCUCGCAUCAGCCUGUCACUGGACCAGAGCGAGGAUGACUUGGGGGAGACGCCAGACGAUCUGGACAUUAAUGUCGAUGACCUCGACACGCCUGAUGAGGGGGACUACCUCGACUACACGGACCAUGAAAUGGACUGGGAAGACCCCAAUGCAGCCAACGGGAGCGGGAUAAGCGAGCCUUACAAUCCAAUCCCUACAUACAGCGCUGAGGAGGAGCGCCAAGAUGGCAAGCUGUGGAGGACCGUAGUCAUUGGGGAGCAGGAGCAUCGCAUUAACAUGAAGAUCAUUGAGCCCUACAUGAGGGUCAUCUCCCACGGAGGCUACUAUGGCAACGGAGUGAAUGCCAUCAUCGUGUUUGCUGCCUGCUUCUUGCCAGAUAGCGACAGAGAGGACUACCACGAAAUAAUGGAGAACCUCUUCCUCUAUGUGAUCAGCACACUGGAGCUGAUGGUGGCAGAGGACUACAUGAUUGUGUACCUGAACGGAGCCACUCCUCACAGAAGAAUGCCUGGUCUUGGUUGGCUGAAGAAAUGCUAUCAGAUGAUUGAUAGAAGGCUCAGGAAGAAUUUGAAAUCCUUCAUUAUUCUCCAUCCAUCGUGGUUUAUUAGGACCGUUUUAGCCAUCACCAAGCCCUUCAUCAGCACCAAGUUCAGCAGUAAGAUUAAGUAUGUGAACAGUCUGGACGAACUGCAGGAAUUCAUCCCCAUGGACUCCAUCCAGAUCCCAGAGUGCAUCAUUAGACUUGACAAGGAACUGAAGGAAGCGGCAGAGAACUCAAAAAUGAAUAGUUUUCUGCUGGGACCGGAGCCAACAGCAGCAGGCAGAACAGAACCAGACGCAGCCGGUGCCAGCAGCUCCUAAACCCAAACAUCCUAAAUGGAUGGGUCAUCUCAAUGUUCUCAAGUCACUGUUGUAUUGUAUGGGUGAAGCUGGAAAACAAAAUCAACGGCUUGUUAAGCUAGUGUGUGUGUGUGCGUGCGUGUGUGUCAGUGUUUGUCAAUUAGACACUGGAGUUUAAUAUGACAACUUGCAAUAGUACCUGUUUAAACUCAAGACUUAGAUCUCAUUCUUUCUGGCUGCUGUAGCAUCGACUGUACCUUUACACCUCCAAUCCAGAGAACCAUAUAGUCAAGCGUGAUGCUUGGCAGCACCUACAGAGUAGCAUCGUCGUUCACGGUAGGGUAGGGAAUGCAAUUACACACCAGACAGUGCACUGCGCAAACCAUUUGUAGAGUCUAUAGUGUUGUAGUUGUGUGCAUGAGAAGCAGUGAAGCAAUAAUAUCACCCUUUACUGGUCACACACUCUCAGUAUUUCAGAUAAAGAGGCGACUUGUGUGUCAGCAAUCUACAAUAAAAGCACAUGGUGUGGCCAAAAAGAACUCCUUGUGCCAUAGAUGAUGACCAACUACUGCAUUGAAGCAAUCCACUCCUCUGUCUUAAUACUUGUUCUAAAAUAAGUCUACAAAUAGAUAUUUAAACUUUAUAGAGUCGGAAACCAAGGAGGAAUAGGUUAAAUAUGAAACCAAGUUAUCAGUGCAAUGUGAGAGCAUGUCUGCAAAUGUGUGUGUGUGCGUGUGUGUUUUCAAUCCAUUUCUGUCAGAUACAUGGAUACCCUGAUACUGGGAAUCGUCUCUUCAGCUUCUCCUGGAUCAUCAGGAAGAAACCUCAGAGUACAUAAAAGAUGGGAUUUCUGUAAAGCACAAUAUCGUCUGUGUGUGUGUGUGUGUCCACACGCAUGUGUGUGUUUGUGCAUCAGUGCAUGUCCCUUCAUAGAUAACUGAUGGUCCUCUUACCCAUGAGUCUUCUUCGAUGGUGUAUUGAGGGAUUGCAAAGAAAUUAUGGAUCACUGUCUAGUAAUAUAAUAAAAAUGGACUCAAGUCUGA